AUGGACGCCUCCUCAUGCUGCCGCGUCUUCUCCACGCAGCGGCUCCGCUUCCCGCUCCGCAGGCUGGCGGCGCCGCCGUGGCCGCAGCCGUUCUGCACCGAGUCCAGCGGCGGCCUCGUCGCCCCGUCGACCUCCAAACGGAGGUCCAGGGGCCCCGUCAUGGCCGCGAAGAAGGCUGCGGAGGGUGCAAAACAAGAGGAUGGAAAAUAUAAGCACACUGUGGAUCUCCCGAAAACAACAUUUGGGCUGAGAGCGAAUUCUGUACAACGGGAGCCAGAGCUCCAAAAAUUAUGGGACGAGAAUCAGGUUCUGAAAAGGGUAUCUGAAAGGAACACUGGGCCUGCAUUUGUUCUCCACGAUGGCCCUCCGUAUGCUAAUGGUGAUCUUCACAUGGGCCAUGCGCUCAAUAAAAUCCUCAAAGAUUUUAUAAAUCGCUACAAGCUGCUUCAGAAUCAUAAAGUGUCCUUUGUUCCUGGUUGGGAUUGCCACGGCCUUCCAAUAGAACUAAAAGUUUUGAAGUCAAUGGAUAAGGAAACUUUGAGUGCUCUUACGCCCAUAAAAUUAAGGCAAAAAGCUGCAAAAUUUGCUAAAGCAACAGUCGAUGCACAAAUGAAAUCUUUCAAGCGGUAUGGUGUAUGGGCCGAUUGGGACAACCCUUAUCUAACUCUGUCACCGGAAUACGAAGCUGCUCAGUUGGAAGUAUUUGGUCAAAUGGUUAUGAAAGGAUAUAUCUAUAGAGGACGAAAGCCUGUCCAUUGGAGUCCAUCAUCACGUACAGCUUUGGCAGAAGCUGAACUGGAGUAUUCCGAAAAUCACAUUUCCAGAAGCAUAUAUGCCGCAUUCAAGAUUACCAAUCCAUCUAAAUCUGGGAUGCUAGACGAAUUUCUUCCAAAUGUAUCUUUGGCCAUAUGGACCACCACUCCAUGGACAAUUCCGGCUAAUGCUGCUGUUGCUGUGAACCCGGAGCUUACUUAUGCAGUAGCUGAGGUACAGUCUGUAUUCGAAAGUGAGUCAACAUCUGGUGGUAAACAAAGAAAAGUUGGAAAUAUAUUGAGUUCUGAGAAAGGAAAAUUGUUCGUUAUUGUGGCUUCUGAUCUUGUCACAAAUCUUGAGUCCAAAUGGGGUGUGAAGCUUGUAGUCCACAAAUCAUUUCCCGGAUCUGCCUUGGAGCACUGCAGGUAUGCCCAUCCUGUGAAUGGCAAUGAAUGUUCUGUCGUUCUAGGAGGAGAUUACAUUACAACUGAAUCGGGCACUGGCCUUGUUCAUACUGCCCCUGGCCAUGGCCAGGAAGACUACAUAACAGGUUUGAAGUAUGGGCUUCCUAUUAUUUCUCCCGUGGACGAUGAAGGGAACUUCACAGCUGAAGCUGGACAGUUCAGUGGUUUGUCUGUCCUGGGGGCUGGCAAUACUGCAGUUGUGAAGUAUCUGGAUGAACAGUAUUCACUCAUUUUAGAAGAGCCAUACAAACACAAGUACCCCUAUGACUGGAGAUCUAAAGAACCAACUAUAUUCCGAGCAACUGAGCAGUGGUUUGCAUCUGUGGAUGGUUUCCGUAAUGCUGCAAUGGAUGCAAUCAGACAAGUAACUUGGGUUCCUUCUCAGGCACAAAACAGGAUUGUUGCCAUGACCUCUAGCCGUUCUGAUUGGUGUAUUUCACGUCAGAGAACUUGGGGUGUUCCUAUUCCAGUUUUUUACCAUGUGGACUCACAGGAACCUCUUAUAACUGAAGAAACUAUUGAACACGUCAAGGCUAUUGUGUUGAAGAAAGGUAGCGAUGCAUGGUGGUAUAUGACAACUGAGGAACUUCUUCCAGAUAGAUAUCGGGACAAAGCAUCUGAAUAUCGCAAGGGAACUGAUACAAUGGAUGUUUGGUUUGACUCUGGCUCUUCAUGGGCAGCUGUUUUAGCAAAAAGGGACGGUCUUAGUUUUCCUGCGGAUAUUUAUCUUGAAGGUUCAGAUCAACAUCGUGGAUGGUUCCAGAGCUCAUUGUUGACUAGCAUUGCUACUACAGGGAAGGCUCCCUACUCCAGUGUUAUUACACAUGGAUUUGUACUGGAUGAAAAGGGUUUCAAAAUGAGUAAAUCAGAUGGCAAUGUAAUGGACCCAGAGAAAAUCAUUGUUGGUGGCAAAAACCAAUCGGAAGAACCUGGCUAUGGAGCAGAUGUUCUCCGUCUAUGGGUUUCUAGUGUUGAUUACUCUACCGAUGUGUUGAUUGGUCCACAAAUCUUGCGCCAGAUGUCUGACAUGUAUAGAAAACUACGAGGCACGAUGCGAUUUCUGCUGUCGAAUCUCCAUGAUUGGAAGCCGGAUAAUUCUGUGCUCUACAAUGACCUGCCAAAAAUUGACAAGUAUGCACUUUUCCAACUGGAGACUGUCAUGGCUUCCAUGAAGGAUAGUUAUGAAAGUUACCAAUUCUAUAAAGUAUAUCAGAUGCUUCAAAGAUUUGCUACUGUUGGUUUGUCCAAUUUCUAUUUGGAUGUUGCAAAGGAUCGGCUUUAUGUUGGAGGCCGAGUUAGCUUCACAAGGAAAAGCUGUCAGACUGUCCUCAUGGCACAUCUGCUCUACCUUGUUAGGGCCAUUUCCCCGAUUAUGCCUCACCUAGCUGAGGAUGUCUGGCAGAACCUACCUUUUCAAUACACCUUGCAGGAUGGAUCCCUUGCAAACUUUGUUUUUGACCUGAAAUGGCCAGAAAAGAAUGAAGAAUGGCUCUCAGCCCCGAAGGAUGAUGUUGAUUUCCUGGGUGUUAUCCUGGAGCUGAGGUCAGAGAUUAACAAAAUUUUGGAGAAUGCUCGCACUGGAAAGUUGAUUGGUUCAAGCUUAGAUGCGAAGGUUUAUCUCCAUACCGAAAGUUCAGAUACAGUAUUAAAGCUGAAGGAGCUAUCUUCUGCAUCUAAUGACGCAGACGCUCUGCAUCGCCUCUUCAUUACAUCUCAGGUGGAUGUUCUUCCAAUCCUAAAUGAAGAAAUUACAUCAUCUGUACCAUACACAGGAAAGUUCAGUAACCCACGCACUGGAGACAUAUGGAUUGGUGUGACUCGUGCGGAUGGUGCAAAGUGUGAGAGGUGUUGGAAUUACACCCAAGACGUUGGAUCUUUCCAUGACCAUCCUACUCUUUGCGGUCGGUGUUAUGGUGUCAUUGAUUUGCAGCCACAACCUGCUGCCGCAUCUGUCAGUUGA